AAAUACUUGAAAUAAAAAUAAAUAAAUAAGAAACGACGCCGCAUUAUAAGCCGUUUGCCGAUUUCCGACUGCGAAUUAAUCAGCUCAGGACAAGAACAGCUCAACCCAAUCUCACACUUCUCUCUCUCUCUCUAAAAUCACUCUCUUUUUUCUUGAAUUUCAUACCAGAGCUCCACUUCUCCGGCUAUGGAGGGACUAUGGAGAUCUGUGACUGGUCAAGACCCGAGCACGGAAGAGUACAGCGGCGUCGAAUUCUGGUCCCGCCCGGAGCGUACCGGGUGGUUGACAAAACAAGGCGAGUACAUCAAGACCUGGCGCCGCCGAUGGUUCGUCCUCAAGCAAGGCAAGCUCCUCUGGUUCAAGGACUCCAACGUAACGUCGGCCUCGGUUCCUCGCGGCGUUAUAAGCAUGGGAACCUGUCAGACUGUGAAGGGCGCUGAGGAUAUCGUCCAUAAGCCCUGCGCUUUUGAGCUCUCGGGAUCAGGGAACUCACUUGAGCCCAUGUACUUCCUCGCUGAUACCGAGAAGGAGAAGGAGGAGUGGAUCAACUCAAUUGGACGAUCGAUUGUCCAGAACUCACUCGCGCUCAACGAUUCGGAGAUCGUCGAUUACGAUGCUCGGCGUUGAUCUACACGUCUGGAGUUUAAUGGCUUAACUUUUGUGUAAGAAGAUAUAUGUCUAGUGUAAAGAUUGUUAUCAAGAUAAUUUGGGGAUAUUUUCUUUAAUCUUUCUUGCACUUUGCUGAAUGUAUAUUUCAGUUUUUUGUUAACUUGAAUACAUAUUGAUUUGUUUAGAACAGUUUAAAAUAAUUUUACGUAAUUGAAAUGGUUGGAAUUUCUUGAAAA